AUGCAGAAGGAGCAGAGGAACUUCCAGUUUGACUUUCUUCGACCACAGCACAGCUUGUUUAACUACUUUACAAAACUGGUGGAGCAAUAUACAAAGGUUUUAAUCCCUCCAAAAGGUAUUUUUCUGAAACUGAAGAAGGAAGCAGAGAUCUUGGACCAGGUGAGGUAUCGUGUUUACAGGGUCAAAUUCCAGGAGCGAGAGAGAAAGAAGGAAGAAGAGAAGCGAGAGAAGGAGAGAGUGGCUUAUGCUCAGAUUGACUGGCAUGACUUAGUGGUGGUGGAGACUGUGGACUUUCAGCCAAAUAAGCAAGUUAAUUUCCCUCCUCCCACAACUCCUGAGGAGCUGGGCGCUCGUAUCCUGAUCCAGGAGCGUUAUGAGAAGUUUGGGAGAGUGAGGAGGUGGAGAUGGAGGUUGAGAGUGAAGAUGAAGAGGAUGAGAGAGAAAGGGCAGGGUGGUAGGACAUGCUGCUCAGUUAGACCAGGACACACAGCUGCAGGACAUGGACGAGGUGAGACAACCAGGGUGAUCAUAUCACUGGGACGAGGAUGUUACAUCUUCACAUAAUGUAACAAAUGAGCAGUAAGUAUAAGCGGGUUAACUAACUCUCUGACUGACCUGAUAUUCCUCUGUCAAUAGCGCUCUGAUGAAGAGGAUGAUGGCAUGAAGGCUCCUCUACCCCUUGAUAACCCCGUACCACCACCUGUGCCCCCCACCCCGGACCAGGUUAUCGUCUGCAAAGACUAUGACCCCAAGGGUAAAGGCAUGUUUAAACACACACUUUAACAUACUAGAAUAGCAGAUAUUUUGUUAUAUCCACUCACUUUCUAUUUCGUCUUUCCUUCAGCCUCUAAGCCUCUGCCUCCUGUGGUGGCCCCUGGAGAGUACCUCAUCUCUCCCAUCACUG